AUGCCACGUACCACUGCCCAACGUAGACUCCUCAAGGAAUUUCAACAGCUCUCCAGGGACCCACCAGAAGGUAUAAUUGCCGGCCCCGUAUCAGAAAAUGACCUCUACAAGUGGGAAUGUCUUCUCGAAGGUCCGACGGAUACCCCAUAUGAAAAUGGAGUGUUUCCUGCUAUUCUUGAGUUCCCCAAAGAUUACCCUCUCAGUCCCCCGGUGCUCAAAUUUGAUCCUCCCAUCCUUCAUCCCAAUGUCUACGCCGACGGAACAGUGUGUAUAUCCAUUUUACAUGCUCCUGGUGAAGAUCCUAAUCACUACGAGCGGCCCGAAGAAAGAUGGUCGCCGGUACAAAGUAUAGAGAAGAUUCUACUUAGUGUGGUUUCGAUGCUUGCGGAACCCAAUCCGGAGAGUGGAGCCAACGUAGACGCCUGUAAGCUCUGGAGAGACCAUAGACAAGAGUUUGACCGCCAGGUUAGAUCACACGUGAGACAGAGUCUUGGGCUUUAA